UCUCUGGCUCAUACAUGACUUCACGACUAACGUUACACAAGUUUGGCAACUUGAAAUCGUGAAAAUUACAGUCGCUGCCAGCCGACAAAGAUGACAGAAAGCUCUGCGAACAAGCUGCUAAAUGGAGACGCUCGUCAACGGACCCCAAACUGUAAAAAAUCGAGUAAAAAUGGCUUCGUGAAGAACCACUGCCUGUUCCAACAGCCACAGAAGUAUCGUCGUCCCAGUGAGAAGAACCAAAAUGUUACACUCAACUCCAGCCUGUACAAGAAGCCCUUUGCGGAAUCAUUUGAGGAGACGCCUCUACUGGUGGCCGUGUUCACCUACAUGGGCUACGGCAUCCUCACCAUCUUUGGCUACCUCCGAGACUUCCUACGCUACUGGAGCAUCGAGAAGUGCCACGUGGCUCGAGAGAAAGAGGAGCAGAAGGAUUUUGUCCCCCUCUAUCAGGACUUUGAGAACUUUUACACCAGGAACUUGUACAUGAGGAUUCGAGACAACUGGAACAGACCCAUCUGUAGUGUCCCUGGUGCUAAGAUGGACCUGGUGGAGAGUGUUUCCCACGACUACAAUUGGACCUUUGAGCAAACGGGCAGAGUGGUGAAGGAUGUCAUCAACAUGGGCUCAUACAACUACCUCGGCUUUGCCGAGAACACCGGCGCUUGUGCCGAUGCUGCUAUUGAGAUCACAGAAAAGUACGGCGCUGGAGUGGGCAGCACUCGCUGUGAGAUGGGGAACUUGGACAUCCAUGAGGAGCUGGAGCAGUUGGUUGCUAGGUUCCUGGGUGUUGAGUCAUCCAUGACUUUUGGCAUGGGCUUCGCAACCAACUCUAUGAACAUUCCUGCUCUCACCGGGAAGGGUUGUCUUAUUCUGAGUGACGAGCUGAAUCACGCGUCGCUGGUGCUGGGUGCCCGCCUGUCUGGCUCCACAAUUCGGGUCUUCAAACACAACAACAUGCAAAGCCUGGAGAAGCUGCUGAGAGAUGCUAUCGCACACGGGCAACCGAGAACCCACCGACCCUGGAAGAAGAUUCUCAUCGUGGUGGAGGGCGUAUACAGUAUGGAGGGGUCCAUCGUGCGUCUGCCUGAGGUCAUCGCUCUGAAGAAACGCUACAAGGCCUAUCUGUACCUGGAUGAGGCCCACAGUAUCGGGGCCCUGGGGCCUAAUGGCAAAGGAGUGGUGGACUACUUUGGCCUGGAUCCCAAAGACGUCGACAUCAUGAUGGGAACAUUCACCAAGAGCUUCGGUGCUGCUGGAGGAUACAUUGGCGGCAAAAAGGAGCUGAUCGACUACCUGCGGUGCCACUCUCACAGUGCUCUGUACGCCACCUCCACAUCUCCUCCUGUGGCCCAGCAGAUAAUCACCUCUAUGAAGACCAUCAUGGGAGAGGACGGGACCACACUGGGUGCUGACCGCCUCAGACGGCUAUCAGAGAACACCACCUACUUCCGCAGGAAACUCCGCGAAAUGGGCUUCAUCAUCUAUGGCAACGAUGACUCGCCUGUAGUACCCAUGAUGCUCUACAUGCCUGCCAAAAUCGGGGCAUUUGGUCGGGAGAUGUUGAAGAGAAACAUCGGUACAGUGGUCGUCGGCUUCCCGGCAACACCCAUCAUCGAGUCGAGAGCACGUUUCUGUCUUUCGGCUGCCCAUACCAGAGAGAUGCUUGACACAGCAUUGGAGGCCACCAGUGAAGUUGGCGACCUGCUGCAGUUGAAGUACUCCAGACGUGAACAGCCUCUUCCCUCGUUCAGCUGGAUGGCCGAGGAGAGCCUGCUUCAGGACUGAGCCCUCUUCCUGUCAUAUCCAACCCUCUCCUUCCAACUCACUGUCCCUCCCUUACUUUACCUUUUCCUGUCUGAUAUCCCUCAUCUUCCUCUGAGCCAGUCUCUCCACCCUCACUUUGCCAUGUCACCUCGCAUCCGACUCCAGUGGACUCACCAGAACCAAAGUCUUCACAAGUCCACCCCACUUUGAAAGCUGCACACUCGCGCACCGCUCAUCAGUGUGCAGUCUGCGAACUGUGUAGCUGAUUUCACCCUCAGCAGGGGAGGAUCACCCACAUCUCUCUGUUUGUCCUAACUUAUUUGUGACUACAUCAGUCUAACAUCAAGCCUUAUUCCCAUGUGCACAUUGAAUGUGUGUCUUAUUUGUGCAAUAAUAACAACAAACUUAGAGUUUCUUUGUAAUUCAAACAACCUAGAGCGAAGUAAACAGAUUCUUUUCCAUGAGUUCUUACUCAUGCACCUGGAGAAAAAAGAAAUCUGAUCAUAGCUAAUGCUAUGAUGAACACGAGAGUAAAAACAUUAUAUAUGUAAAUAUUAUUUAUCCCCAUGGUGGUGAUGCUGCCUCAGGGUAGCAUCCGAUACCGCAAAGAGAGAUACAUUAUUUCAGAGGAGUAACAGUAGCACAUGUGCUCCAUAUGUAUUUAUCUGAUAGCUUUUAUUUUCUAAUCACUUUUACUUGAAGAGAAUAUAGAAUAUCGGGUUCUUUCCCUAACCAAAGGAUGUAUAUGUAUAGAUAUGUUUUCUACCUUUUUCUCUUAAAAAUGCAAAGCAGAUGUUCCAAAAGAAAACAUUUAACAGGGAAAGAAUCCCAGGGGAGCAAGACUAAGGAACAUUUGUACUACUUAUUUCCUAUAAAUAUUUUUCAGCCUUAUUUACUGUUUACACCUGCACUCAAAGAACAGUGAGCUCAGUGUCUUUAACAUUUCUACAAGCUAAUGAACGACAUGUGUGAUUUUUAUUUUUUAAUUGCUAAGUCCUUCUCACUCAAGUGCUUUCAUAAGAAUCAGUGUCGACAGUGACCUCUGAGCACGAUGACGCGCUGCAACUUAGAUCUGUAUGUAUGACGAUGGCGCUCCCGUGCCCAUCUGAUUUAUAGACCGCUUUAUUUAUUUUAAAUGUCUUCGUUAUUUUAUUUUUGUGAAAAAAUCCUUUUUAUCUGAAAGGCAGCUCCAAAUGUGUCCCUUUGUGUUUUAACUGACUACCUACACACUUCAAUGCCAGCACUACUGACAGGCAUUGUAAAUGCACAGAUGACGUAGUCACUGAAAUUGGCAAGAUUUGUAUUGGUAUGCUUCAAAUGUGAUUGAUUUGAUUUCAUCUUCU